AGUGUCCACCAGGAACUGCCCAUCUACCACAAGCAUCUACAUGUUACAAGCUGUUUGAGAGAGGACCGUGUCGAACUGGGGAAUAUUUCGCUCCAGUGGAGGAGUCAUUUAACAAGAGAGGGUAGUGAACGUCAGGGUAUGUGCGUGAGGCCCCAGCAGUGUGCAGAUGAGACGCUGCUGUACUGGCCGCCAGAUGGCAGGUGCUACUACAAGCUGACACAGGGGCCUUGUUACCAGGGCUCUAUUUUGGACGCAGGCAAUGAUGGACUGGCUAACUGUACUUGCAAAAAAGAUGGUGCUAAUUACUGGCCAGGCGAUGGCAACUGUUAUUCACACUAUUCUAGAGGGCCUUGUGAAAAGGGUCAACUCUUCCUGCCCGAGGCUAAAUGCGGUUGCGAGAGAUAUUUACCCCAGUACCACAGUGAAACACAAAAAUGUUUUGAAUUAGAUUCUCUCGGGCCAUGUUCGAAAGGACAUACAUUUGCGUUAUCCGAGGUAUCAAGCAAUGGUUCCCGUGCCCAAUGUAAAUGCAAGCCUUUUCACGCUAGGGCUACUGACGGGAUGUGCUACAGACUGUACACUAGAGGACCCUGUGCCCAGGACGAAAUGAUCUCGAGAGGAGGAAGAUGUAUUAAGGUGCCGUGUGCUCGAGGGCGCCUGUAUGUCCCAGAGCGUCGUCGCUGCUACCGACCCGGAGCGGCCGAGCCCUGUCCCCUGGGGGAGGUGGUCGCCUUCGACUUUGAAGCCCGCCCUGCUGUCGACGGUCUAAGCCAUAACGGAGUUUGUGCUUGUGGGACGGGAAUGUGCGUGAGAAGAGAGGUAACAACGUGCUUAUCUCGUCAAGGUGCUGCGAUAUACAAUGGAACGUGUCACAUUCUGCACACUCGGGGACCGUGCCCACCUGACUCCUGGCUUACGAGAGAACUGGGCGGGAAAAUUAGCUGUCAAUGUCGACCUGACGUUUGUGAAAGCUGACAUACAGAUAGAAGAUUGAAUUAUAGCUAGGAUGAAGUUCCAACUGGAUGUGUCAUGCGUACGCCCGAAAGAGUAAACAAUCCUAUAACCCGGACAAAUAAAAAAGCAACAUGGUGGACAAUUUGAACGUAUUGAUAAUAAUUAAGAUAUGUUUGUAUUAUUUCUAAUAAUAUUGAAUACUUUAUCACGCAUGAAUAUGCUUAUCCUAGCAAUCUUUUCCACAUCAAAGAAUGUUUUUGCUUUAAAUCGUAUCUACUUACACAUAAAAAUAUGUUAUCUUUUCUGAAUUCCAUUCAGUACGGCUAUUGCAGCUUAAUAUACAACAUAUCACGCGUCAUGCGUAAUAUAGAAAAGACGUGUGGCACUCGGGGACUGCCGCGGUAAAGCUAUUGCAUAGCAUUUUAUAUCAACUUAUGCAAUUAUAAUUAUUUAUUUAUGCAGUAUUUUUUUUUGAUAAAAUUAAUUUAAAAAAAAAGCAAACGGGAAGUGACUUAAAUUUAACUUACAAGAUUUGAUUAAAGACAGACAACGGGACAGGUGAAACUAAAUAAAAAUGCUUGUCAUAAUAAUAAAAAUUAAAAAAACGUGAUAUAAAGAAAUUAAAAAAAUUAAGAUGUACCCCAGGCUCGAAAUAUCUAUAGAAAUCUAGUAAGUAAGUGUUACGUUAUUUUCGUUACGGAAUUUCUGGAUUCGGUCUCCACGCUCAAGGCCCGCGAUAAAAGCUAUGCAAUAGCUUGAAAAUCAAUCACGCCCUACGUCAUCACUUAAAUUACUGUCGCUUACGCAACAUUUACGAGUGAUUUACGAUCCCAAGACCCAAUCUCAGUUGGUAGCAAGUAAUGGUUGGAAAUAAAACUAUUGUACUUUUUUUUCAAUACUUUUUAUAUGCUGUACUCUCAUUGAUGGUCGGUAUUAUUGUAUGCAUAUCCCAUCCAGGUAUACCUGUACUUCAUCCAAAAAUAACGGCGCCUCGUUGCUUAUGUGAUUAAACCCGAGCAAUAUUUAGCUUUGGUAGCUUCGAUAAUUAACGGAGAGGGUGCCAUUUUUAAAACCAUUUUAUACAGAUUAACGAUUUUUACAUAUUUUUGUAGAUAAAUAUUGUAAGCUUGAUAUAUUGAAGUUAAUAAGAAUUACUUGAGUAACGUCAUCGGUUCAGGCUUCAUCUUGCCGAAACUUGCACCGGAUGUAACUACAAGAUUAAUAAUGCUGCUUUUUAAUGUAUUAAGAAGAUGAAUGACAUGAUGAGAAAGACAAAAACCACCGGAAGUUAUAUAACAGAAUAUGCUUAGAUAUACGAUACAGUGUGUGUUGCCAUUGAUGACUUACGUAGGUAGGCAGACGUGGUCGCUACUUAUGGGCCUUAUGAGAAAGCUCAUGGUCGCUCAGAGAUCAAUGGAUAGGGCUAUGCUCGGAGUUUCCCUGCGAGAUCGAAUCAGAAAUGAGGAGAUCCGUAGGAGAACUAAAGUUACCGACAUAGUCCAAAUGAUUGCGAAACUGAAGUGGCAGUGGGCAGGGCACAUAGGUCGACGGACAGAUAGCCGUUAGGGCAGUAAACUCCUCGAAUGGCGACCACGUACCGGAAGACGCAGUGUUGGCAGGCCCCCCACCGGAUGGACCGAUGAUCUGGUCAAGAUCGCCGGAAUACGUUGAAUGAGGACAGCGCAGGACCGCCUUGUCCUUUGUCCAGCAGUGGACGUCUUCCGGCUGAUGAUGAUGAUGCUGAUUCGAUAUAGAUGAUACCUUUAUCGUAUAAAAGAACUUCUGUCAAGUCUUGUUCCUUGUAUUGGCUGAUAAUAUGCUGAAGUUAAAUGCUGCGUUAUUUGCUGUCCAAAGUUAAAUCAACUAAAGUAAAAAAAAAUAACAACAUGAUCUCGAGCUUAUUAGUUAAUAAGUUUUUUUUUAUUAUAUGUAUAUCAUUUAAAUUAAAUAUUAGCUUAAGAUGGUAAACGAAGCCGAUUCGUGAAAUCAUACGCUUUUAAUUUACAACGAUUGUUAGCAUAAGUUAGAAUCUAAAAAAAUAUGACGUCAUUGAGAAAUAUGAAAUAUGUACUUUGUAUCAUACCUACUUCAUGAACGGAAAUUAUAUUAUUAUAUAGCUAUUCUGGCCAUAAAAAUUGAUAUACAUUAAAUUUUAUAUUUUAAUUCAUAUUUGGAACGCGUUUAUUAUGUAACUUAGAUAAUCUCCCGCCAUUUCACAUAUUCUUUUCGAAGUUAAUAUUCAAUUAUAAUAAUGAAAUGGGUUGUUAAUUUUUUUAUUUCUCAUAUCAUUAUGAAUUCUGUAUUUUUACACGCAACUACACAAUUUUAGGUACGAUUAUAUGUGUUUCAGUAGUUGUCAGGUGGCAUUGCAAUAGAUGUAUAGAAUGCUCAUAAUCUACUCAUUUUUCUAGACGAAAAAAGUUUUGCUAUACUUUUUAUUAAAAACAUGUAGCAGAUUAUUUAAGUACAAAGUUUGAAAUUCCUGUCAUUAAUUAGUUCUACCAUGGAUUAACAUAUAGAUCAAAGAGGAUGUAAAAUAUACCACGUAAUAAUAGGGACUGGGACUAAGUAAAAAUUGAAAUUUAGUUUUGUAUGAAACGUGCAGUACGCUUCAUACAAAAUUGUUAUUAUUAUUUAAACAAGAUUUAGAAUAAUAUCUGUUGAGUCAUCUAGUAAAAAUAAAAUCACAAAUUUCAUGCCACAUAAUAUUUUUCAUUUUUUUUUGUUUGAUGACGAGACGAAAGCUAGUAUUAAGAUAUAAACCUAUUUAUUUAGACUUGUAUGAUUAAGUAUAACAGCUAAGUAUAUAUUGUUAAAACCUUAGAUUAUUUAUACGCCUAGAUACACUAUGACAGCUUUGAAAAUGUUGAAAAAAAAACUUUACAACUAACAUCUAUUUUGAGCAAUUCACGAACUUACACAAAGUGUCACACAAAUCGCGAGUGUAAGACGUAGCUUGUCAGUUGUCACGCACACUAAACUAAUAUUCCUGGCCUGUUUUUAACGGCUGUCUAACAGCAAGAGACUAUCUAGACGUAUAAACUAUCUAAGGUUAAAACUAAUCUAGAUAUGGGAGUAAAUAAAAUACCUCAUAAAAAUCA